UCCUAAUCUCCAUGAAAAUGACUACGUUAACUCGGUUCGAAUGUGAUAUAUGUAAAAAUCUUCAAUCACCUGGUACCAUGUAGAUAAAUAGCAAUGACGUCAUAUUGAGAUCAUUACUAGAAGUGACAUACAAUGUGAGCAAGUGAUGGUGGAAAUGAUCAAAAUGACUCUCCUGCACUACGUUGUGAUAUCUUGCUUUACGUGUACCACAUUCCAAUUUAUUGGUACGGUCAGCACGUUAAAAUUCCUCCAAAUCCACGUGCCCAAAGCGGUAUUAACCGGCCAAAACGCGGAGCUGAUGUGCACAUAUGAACUAGAAGGUGCACAACUAUACUCCAUACGGUGGUACCGUAAUAUGAUAGAGUUUUAUCGCUAUGUGCCUAAAGAAUCGCCUGCCACUAAAGUGUUCCCGGUUGCUGAGAUUAAGGUUGAUGUAGCAAGAUCGGAUCAGAAUCGAGUAGUAUUAAGGGAGGUGGAUAGAACCUUAACCGGCGAAUACCAAUGUGAAGUGUCUGCAGAUGCCCCACUUUUCCACACAGACAUCAAAGCAGCAGAGAUGGUGGUUGUUGAACCGCCAUUUAUCGGUCCCAAUAUAACGUCGGACCGAAUGACGUACGUCGGCGGUGAUCACAUACAAGCGAACUGUUCAUCACCACCAUCAUUACCAGCUGCCAACAUAACGUGGUACGUCAAUGAACAAAUGGUGCCGAGUUUCACAGCCAACCACGUGACGAACUUCAGUAAUGGUUACGCGUCGAGUUUGUCUACUUUGGAGCUUGAAACAGCUGUGCUUUCACCUCUGCCGAUGCUUAUGAUACGAUGCGAGGCUUCCAUUUUCGACGUGUGGAAAUCAGCGAGUCACGCUGUUGUCCUUCGGGAGAGGAACGCUAACCCAGUGUCGGCGUUAGGGCGUAGUUUCACAGGUGCCGCCACCGAAGCUUGCAAUCCAACGAUUCACAUGUUACUUUUACAUAUAUUAAUAAAAUUUGUAUUACAAAACUAUACUGAAAUAAGAUAGCUGAUUUAAUACGAUUAGAUAGUCACGUUUAUAAACUAAGAGUGUAGAAAAGUCAGGGUUUUAAAAUAUAUUGUAAGGGUUUAUUGAGGAAUUCGCUUCUUUUGUUUUCACUGUUGAAAUUAAAUAGAUUGUUAACGAUUAUGAAGGUACGUGUUAAUAUAUCUUUAUCGGUUUGUGAUAAUUUUUUUAACCAUUGAAUAACCCACUUAUAUAUAUAUUACUCUUUACGAUUUAAUCCUUUAUUGUGUGAAAGACGAUAGUGAAAUAUGGAAUUUAACGGUCGCAGUGUGAAAUUUGAAAUUUGGCCUUUUUUGGUCGUUUUUAAUUCCUCCAAUUACAGAAAACAUAACAAUGAAAUGUAGUUUUGUAACUAUGUAUCAAUGUACUGUAUUUGUAAAUUCAUUAUAACGCCAUUUAAAGAACCGUUUCCUCAUGAAACUGUAAUAUUUUAAAUUAGUAAUAUAUCGCUGCUGAAGCGAUAAGACUCUCUUCAUAUUAGUAGUUUUCUUCAUAUUGUGUGUGUGUGUUGUUCUAUUUUUCGUAUAGGUAUACAAUGAAGAGUUU